GGUGAGAAGGGGAUAUGCUAGACUCAAAACACAUGGGGAGAAUUGACCCAGUCAAGCUUGAUUAACCCCAAAGUCCCUCAAUCUCCACCUUCUCACCUCUGUACCUAAUUGGCUUGUGGGGAGGAGCUGUGGGCAGGUUCCUCCUGAAUCACCUGUGGCUGAGAAAGGGGAGAUCCAACUGGGGAAGCUGGAGGAUGAACUCUCUCGUGGCUUAUUCUUCUCUUGGCCUCUCUUGCUAAGGUUGCUUCUCUCCUCCUCUCUCAGAGGAAACAAGGAAGAAGAACUGAUGGCAGCUGCAGACCUGAGGGUCAGGUCUCAGGGUCCUGUGAAGUUUGAGGAUGUGGCAAUAUACCUCUGGAAGGAGGAAUGGGAACUAAUGGACUCCACUCAGAAGAGACUGUACAGGCAGGUGAUGCUGGAGACUUACGAGAAUGUCCUCUCAGUGGGAACUCCUCAUGACAAGCCAGCAAUGAUUGUGCAUCUGGAACAAGGGGAAACGGCAUGGAGCCCAGCUCUGCAGAGACCUGGGAAGGAAAAGGGAAGGCUCCACGGCCACCGCCUGGGUGAGCAAGGUGAGAGGCAGGGGAAGAAGUCACAGGCUUAG